GUAUUUAUAGAACCUAGGAUUUUAAAACUUGCUCUCUUUGGUGUCAUAUAAACUACUAUAUCAGGCUCAAAGUAGAGUGACACAAUUAGCCAUCAGAAACUAUUUAACGCGGUUCUGACUUAUCCAAUGGACAUUACCUGGUAUAAUAUCAUUAAUGCUGAGAGCUGUCAUGCACUGGAGCAAUGCCUGGCAGUUCAGUUCACAGCUCUUAUAACCGGAUCAAAGCUUUUAGCCAUAAUACUUACAUAAUGGGGUGGACUCCACCUUUUAAAAUUAAAUGCAACUAAUAAUAUCCUUAAUAACAUUAACUUUUAUAAAGUAUAUAAGUUAUUUCCCUUUGUAACAUAUAAUUACUAAUACUCUCGUAUCGGAGGCCUGUUAUGCCGUAAACAACAUUAACUAACCUAACAAAUACAAGUUAAUUUCGCUUCGAAAAUAUAAAUCCUGAUACCUACAUAUAAGAGGCCUGACAAAAGAAAAUUUAGUCCACGCAAUAUUAAGAUUGAACAGAGAAAACACGCCCCAAAAUCAGAAAAAAGAUGUUAUUUACUGAUUCAAUGCAGAAUGGAACAACAAACGGUACCGAAUAUAGUGUCACCAUCGAAGAACUCAACAGACAACAAGUUUUGAUAAGAAUCCCAUCUACCAUUCUAGUUAUAUUAACAAUGACUAUAGGUUUCGUUGGAAACAUUUUAACUAUUUACAUUUACGGAUUUCGCUUGAAAUUAUCACCAACUUAUUUGUUUGUCGUCAUGCUGGCUUGUGCUGAUUUGAUACUUUGUGCUGUUGUAUCACCAAGUCGCAUUGUUCAAAAUGUUUACCCCAUGAUGACGACCUGGGAUUCAAUGUGCAAAAAUCAUAUGUGUUUAUCUGUAUUUGUAGGACUUUGUAACUGUGGUUUUCUAAUGGCCAUUGCAACGGAUAGAUACAGAAAAGUAUGCCAUCUGCUGAAACCUCAGAUAACAAUGAAAGCUGCUAAAAUUAUUACGGUAUUUAUAUUUGUUUUCUCCGCAAUACAGGGAAGUAUUGCUAUUCUUUACUACGGAAGUAUCCGGAAACCGACUAAUUAUCCUGGUAUCUAUAGCUAUUCUUGCUCAGCAAAAAUCUACAAGAAGCUUAACUAUUAUCAACUUGGAUUCUUCGCUUUCUAUUUUCUCUUAACAAUGUUUACGCUCAUUUUUCUCUGUGUAGUUUACACCAUAAUUCUUCGAAAAAUGAAAGUCAAGGAAGAAAACAGUAUUGAAUUACAACAAAAUAGGAAAAGCAUUAGAAGUGCCUUGUAUCCUGAUGAAGCUCAACGACGAUGGAGUAAUAUACCAAAAAUCAAUGAUAUUAACCAAUUAGCUUUGAAUUCUAAUGAAGAAUUGUCCAGAAUAGGCUCACCAUCUGGAGUGUCACCGGAAGACAAAUCAAACUUGGGUACAAAAAACACUGUACUUCUCGCAAGUAAAUUGCAGGAGACAUACAGAGUAAGACGAGCAAGAGAACAAACCAAAAGGUUACAGCGAAACACUGUAACAAUGUUGAUGGUAACUAUAAUCCUUAUAGUGACUUAUAUACCCAGCGUUAUCGCCAUGAUAGUGAAUGCAAUAUUGAAGUCUGAAGACACAAUGUCGGUAACGGCAGGUAUAUUCUAUUGGCUCGCACGACAUACUUUAUACAUUAACUCAAGUUUAAAUCCAAUAAUUUAUAGUUUCAGACAUCAGAAUUUUAUAGACGAGGUUAAAUAUUUGUUUGGAAUUAAGCACAAAAUAUAGAAACAAAAGCACGAGUUAAUCAAACUGAAAUAUGAAGAGAAUGAAAGCAACAUCUCUGCAACAGACAAUAAUAGCAGAGAAAAAAUUUAAUACAGAUUUGACAAUGUGUAUUCCAGUUCUUCAAAUCAAAUGAAUAGUCAGUUCAUUGUUUUAUUGUAUGUGGUUGAGUAUUCCACGGAUUAUUUGGGUGUAUUCAUCAAGGAGAAUCAGCUUGAUGUAGUGUAUAACGAAACUGGCUGAUUUGAAUUGCAGGUACAAUCCACCGGAUGAUCUUUCAUCCGACUUCAGUCACAAUAUGAGUGCGAAUAAUAAGGAAAUAUAAGUAGAAACUGAAAUUAUAAAUUCUAGUACUCAGAAGAAGUAAUAAAAAAUGUGACUUAUUACAGGGUAAAGAUUGGGAAAUUUUUUAUUAAAAUUUGAAGAAUCGUACACUCUGUAGUAACAAAAUUAAAAUCUUAAUUUGAAAUUUAAUAAACUUUUAUAAAGAUAUUUAAAAUAAAAUAAUAAACAUUGCACUUAUUGUAAAAUCCGACAAGGUGAAGAUUAUAGGAAACAGGUAGGGUAAAAAUUAUAAAGCACAUAUAAAAUAUAAAGCCCUAGUGACGUGAAAACUUGUUAAAAUGAUAAAAUCAUGAAACAGGAAUAUAUGGGAAAUUAAAUGAUUAAAGUGAUUUAAAUCAAAUUGAAAAUUAGUUUAAGAUUUAAAAGUUUAGAUCAAUAGCGAUAAAAUAGUCCAACAAAAAAAUCUUUUGUCUAUGUCAAAAAAGUUGAACAUGAACGAGAGGUGUUUUAUACAGAGACCUCGAAAAUGAUAUCCAUUUAUUACCAUUACGUCACGAUUUUAAGAUACUGGAUACAUAGAAUUUCAUUGUUUUCAAUAAAACAGCUUCUGAGGAACAAGGUAUAGUAUAUAAACAUACAUAGAAAGUGAUUUUUUCUAAAAACCAGAAUGUCUUCUUAAAAUUCUACUGAAAAUCUAGUAAAAAUCUUAAAAGUUUUACAGAUCGCUUACAUCAUUGUUUAUACCUAAUUUCCCAUGAAUUUGCAUUUGGAUGAUUUUUUUGAGUGCUGAACCUCAGGAAGAUCACGAUCAAGCAAUAGUACGCCAUUAUAUGCUAGUCCCAUCUGCUUUGAUACCUUUGUUCCAUUGAUGGAAAUGUUCUCCCUGCCUGUCACUUGCAUCACCAAGGUUUUCAAGGAACUUAUCAAGGUGAUUGUGGCGACACUGCAGCUUUGUGCUCAUAUUUGCUCACACUUUUGAAAGUUCUCCAAUAUGCUGUUGACUAUUCCAGCAUAGCUGACUGCUUUCUUGUUGCCAAGGAAGUCAUUUACAACUAUUACGAAUGAAUUCCAUGCUGCUGCUUUAAUAAAUAUAAUUUAUUGAAUUUAUAAAAUUCCCAUCUUUCAUCAAUGUUCUGAUUUGAGGCCCAGCAAAUAAUCCAGCUUUUAUCUUUUCAUUGCUCAGACCGGGAAAUAUGCUGCAGAUAUAGUUUAAGCAUGGUGCAUAUGUACACAGAACGUUGAAUAAUUACUUCCUAACGACAAGUUUGAUAUGGAAUGGAAGUAGGAUGUUUUUCUCGGAUGAACUAAAAGCUAUUGAAUCACGUUAAAUGGCCCUAGAACUAAUGCACGCCGCGGCCAUUCUUUAGUCUCUGGAUCUGCUGUCCCACAUAUACAAAAGCAUUGAUAUUUUGUGUUUUCAUCUUGUUUCCCCAGAAGAAAAUAGACCAUCUUAAAGUCCACGCAAACCACCUGCUGAUGAUUGGGGGUUUUGUAAUCUAACGUGAUGGUUAAAGAAAUGAAUUCUAUUUUUGGAUUCAGCAUAUAAAAAAAACCCUUUCAAAUCAACCAAAAACGUCCUUACAACAAAAGACCUGUUGGGUUGUGUAAUGACUGAAGUAGUACUAAUGAGUACUAAAUGUACAAGAGUAGUAUUCAAAGAAUUUCCAAUAAAAAUUAAAAUGAAUGAGUUGAUUGAAGUCCAAGAAGGAGUUUUACUUACUAAUUGCUAGGUCAAGGAAAAUGUAGACAAAGUAAAAGUGAAUAGUCUAUGACGGAAAAUGAACAUACGUACCCACACCUAAACAAAAGAUUAAAAGUUGCUCUGGUAUUUUACCGAAAGACCUAUUAUAUUUGCUUGAACAAUUAGUUAAUAAUUCAUUUGAUGCAUUUACUGUAGACUGUAUUCACUUCUACCACCAUUGUAUAGAAAAGCCGUUCUAAUCAUGAACAAAAAUAAUUUGCUGUCUUUUUUUUCUUUUUGAAAUUCUAUAUCACUUUGGUCAGUAAGGCAGUAUUCUUUUUAUGAAAUGUCAUAAAUGAAUAUACAUGAUUGUAUAACUACUUUUAAAUGAAGAAUGGCCACAGCGAGCAUAAAUAAAGGCUUAAAAACAUUAGGUGGAAAUUCUACAAAUGCAUGAGUAAGAGGUGGUUUUGUCAGAAAGACUAUUAUCAGUUGCUUGUGUUUUUCAGGUAGCACCUUUACGAGGUUCAACGUCAGCCGUGGUAGGCUCACUCAAAUUAUUAUUUGUUUUUUUUUCGUUUUUUUUUUCGUUGGCUCGCGCCUCAGCAUUUAUUUCAGCCCUUGAGAAUACAAAGAAACGGAAAGAAAUAUCGAAAGAUCUUUGUUUCUCAACUUCACCAAUCCUGCUUACCGAUGUUUGUCACAGAACUAAUAUUUCCUAAAUGUGGCAGCUUCUACCACAUUUUAAAUACAAGAAACAAGAUGAAGCUGAAUAGAAAGGUGGACGCCUACAAUUGUAGCUCCCCAAAAUAUGAAAAAUCAAUCGGUUAACAUCUCGAAAACCGAGCUUAAAUUUACCAGGAACCUGACAGAAAUGAUGUUAAAGGCACCAAACAUUAUUUUCGAUUAUCACUUGAAGUAUAUGUUCGAAAUUACACAUGCAUACUAUCAUGUAUGUAACAUGAAGCUUUCUUUAAUAGUUAUAACGAUAACGACAGUGGUAGCAAAGCAAUGAUAGUGAUAAUAAUGGUUUCAAAUUUUGGCUGAAGGGCAGCAAUUUUGGGGGAGUGGAUGAGUCGAUUACGUCAACCCCAGUGUGUUACUGGUACUUAAUUUAUCGACCCUUAAAGGAUGAAAGGUAAAGUCGACCUCAGCAGAAUUUGAACUCAAAACGUCGCGACAGGCGAAAUACCACUAAGCAUUUCAUCCAGCGUGCUAACGUUUCUUAUUUCUUUAUUGCCUACAAGGGGCUAAACACAGAGGGGACAAACAAGGACAGUCAAAGGAAUUAAGUCGAUUACAUCGACCCCAGAGCGUAACUGGUACUUAAUUUACCGACCUCGAAAGGAUGAAAGGCAAAGUUGACCUCGGCGGAAUUUGAGCUCAGAAUGUAACAGCAGACGAAAUACUGCUAAGUAUUUCGCCCGGCGUACUAACGAUUCUGCCAAGCUCGCCGCCUUAAUGAUAGUAAUAAUAAUGAUAGUGAUACGCAGUACCUUCAUUAGCUUCCGUAAAUGACCAAGCAAGCACUGCUGGGGUCACGUAUGUUUUCGAUAUACUUCCAAAACGUUUUCUUUUGUUGCGCUCCAACUUCCCAAAAUGUGAAAUGGCUAGUUUAAACUCUGAGGAGUGAGUAAAAGUCGCAUAUGUUAACCUGACUUUUGCUAACUAACCAUCCAUACUACCACUGCUGCAGCUGCUACUGUCACUACUACUACUACUACUACUACUACUACUACUACUACUACUACUACUACUACUACUGCUGCUGCUGCUGCUGCACACAGAGUGGCAGCAGCAAGCUACAGAAGUACAGAAGGUAGUUCAGACAAUGACAAAAACAAGUACAACAGCAACAAAAUCAACAAUACAGGAAGUAACAGCAACAAUGACUACAAUCUACCAAUCCCUACCCCUUUUUUCCGUGGCUACAGAACGUAGCCUAACCAGAGACAAAUACAACACUAGCAACAACCCGUGAAGUAACAACAAUAACAACGAGGAAAACAACAAAGUUACCAUGGCUACAAAAGGUAGCCGAUAGGACAAAAGCAACAACAAUAAUUACACCACCACCGAGGGAUAGUCCCAAAGAGUCUAAAACAGCUUGGUCACAGUGAAACUUUCGUCUAUCGAUAUAUGAGGUACUGAGAAGUUCCUGGCUUUAAGGGUAUCGCGAAACGCCUGGUUGAACAUUACGAGUUCUUUUACAAGACUUAGAAAAACUGAAGGAUCGGUGCAAUAAGUCUAUGAAUCUGAGAGAAGAUGCUGAAGAAAGUCAUAAUUCACUGAUCCUCAUGUAUUUUCUUUGACCCAAAGUUAGGAAUUCUUCAGCACUCGCUCGUGUUUGUGUGUAUGUGUGUGUGUGUGUGUGUGUGUGUGUGAGUGUGUGUGUGUGUGUAUCGCUUAAACAUUGCGAUCCUAGUAACUUUGUAUAGAACUCAAUAUACGUAUGCUUCAGAACUAAGCCUUAGUCGAGUACAGAGCGGUAACAAUAAAAAGGAAACGACAAAGUAAUAAAUGAUUAUGUUAUGAACUUCGUUAGCUUAUAGCUGUUUCCGCUAUUAAAUGCUGUGUACUCAUAGUUGAGUACCUGAGUAACACCUGAAGACAAAAAUCCGACGAGCGUACGCUACACAUCAGUAUUCUAGGCGUAAUAACAAUAAACUGACACAACCUACCAGUGCGUAAAUUGUCACGCAUGCGCAAGAAGGACGGUGUCACCUCUCAAUCAAAGGAAUUUGCUUAUAUAUAUAGGCACAUACGAAUGAACAAAUGAAAGUAGCACUCAGCCAUUUGCUUCUAGUUAACUAUAUUUAAUAACUGGAACUUUUCGUGUGGAACUGAGUACCACUCUUCUCUUUCUCUGUAUAUCUAUAUAUCUAUAUAUAAAUGUAUAUAUACAUGUAUAUUCUUUUAUUCUUUUAGUGAUUUCAGUUGUUGGACUACGGCCAUGCUGGAGCACCAACUUAAUUUUUUUUUAUUCUUUAGUUGUGUGGUUGCUUUAUGAUUGAAAGUUGGUCGAUGAUCAAGUUUGUAGUUGCUGAUCUCCCCUGAGUGUAUGGUUUGUCGUUGAAUGGUUUGUCGUCGAAUGGUUUGUCGGUCCGGUAUCAUCGUUAGGAGUUCAUUCAAUGCUUUUUUGAAAGUUUCAGUAAAGAUCCCUUUUAUAUUUCUAAUCUCUUUAGGUAAGCAGUUAAUAUUUGAAGACCUCUGUUUAUUAGACUGGUACAGAAGUGCAUUUUUACUCGUGAGGUUGAAGAUGGUAUAUUUAGAAGCUGACAGUACCUAUCAGUUCGUGCAUUAAAAUUCACUUUAAUGCCAAUGUUUGGAACAUGCACUCCCAGGAUCUUCCAUAUGUAUAUAAUAGUAUAUCUCUUUCUUCGGCGUUCAAGAGAGUAGAGACCCAGAGUUUUCAGGCGUUCCCAGUAAUUAAGGCAAUUAACCAAAGUUAUUUUACUGUUCUUUGUAACCCUUCAAUUUCUUCUAUGAGACCGGGUAAAUUUGGAGAUCAAAGCUGCAAAUAGUUAUCUAAUCUGCUCAGGACUAAGGUUUUCCAUAAAGUUAGCAUAACUACCGGUUCUCUUGUUGUGAGGCUUCGUAGGAUCCAUCCCAUGAGGUGUCUGCAUUUAGAGGUCAGUUUGGUUAUGUGACCGAUGAAAGAUGCUCCAUUUGACAUGAUUAUUUCUAAAUCCCGUAUGUAGUCAGUGCUCUGAAUUAUUGUAUUAUCUAGUGCCAAAUAUUGGGAUUUAUGUCUAUUCCUUCCAUAAUGAAGGGUCUGAAAUUUUGAUGCAUUAAAUUUCAUAUUUUUUUUAUUCGCCCAUUGAUAAAUGAUGUUUAGGUCAUUCUGGGGUGUGAUGGAAUCUUCUGGAGUUUGGAUAACCAUUGAUAUUUUUGUGUCGUCGGCCUAACUCAUUAGGUUGGCCGAUUGCACCUGUGAGUUUAUAACAGGGUUAUGGUAAAUUAUAACGGUCUUAGAACCCUACCUUGAGGUAUUCCACUUAUUACGGGUGACUUUGCUGAGAGAUAACCGCUUGCUGUAACAGAUUGAUUCCCAUCCUGUAGGAAGCCAAAGAGCCAUUCUCCCACUUUUCCUAUGAUACCAAGAUCCCUUAUCCUAUGACUGAUGAUUCCAUAAUCAAUCUUGUCAAACGCUUUAACAGAAUCAAGGUAUAUGCAGCCAGUGUCCUUUCUGUUCAGGAGAUUAUUGAGGAUAGUGUUAUGAUGUUAUAAUAUUUGUGUCAGGUAACUUCGUCCAGUCUGGAACCAUGCUGUGUAUUAUUUAAGAGGUUGUUUUCCUCAAGAUAUGCAGCUAUUGUUUUUCGGACAAUGCGUUCUACAAUUUUAGAUGUGUGAGAUUUGAGAGAAACAGGUCUGUAAUUUUUAGCUUAAGCCUUGCUACCUCCUUUAUGUUUGCUUCUUUCAAUAGUUCUGGGAAUAUGCCGGUUUCAAGCGACUUUUGAAAUAGCAACUCUAAUGACUUUGCGAGGCUGUUUUUGUAAGUGGAGACCUGAGCCUUGAAGAUCAUGAGCGUAGUGGAUACCCAUCUGUCAUCGACAGCGUCACUGAGAAGGAUCCCUCAUUGAGAAAGAUCCACAUAAAACUACCCGAGAACUGGCAAAAGAACUUCAAGUUAGCCAAAUAACUGCCUGCAUCUAUUUGCGUGCGAUCGAAAAAUCAAAAAAGCUCGACAAAUGGAUACCAUACGAUUUGACUGGAAAUCAGAAAAUGCGCAGAUAUGAAAUUUGCUCCUUCUUCUCCGUAACCAAGCCGAUCCAUUUCUCGACCGUAUUGUAACUUGCGAUAAAAAGUGGAUUCUGUACAAUAAUAAAAAAACGUUCUUUGCAGUUCUUGGACCAAAAUGAAGCACCGAAGACUUUCUCUAAACCCGAGCUCUUCAAAAAUAAGGUUGUGUGACUGAUUGGUGGUGUACUGAUGAACUCAUCCACUAUAACUUAAAACCCAGAAAAGCCAUUACUGCAGAUAUUGCCAAAAAUGAACGAAAAACUGCUACUCCUUUGUCCCAGACAGGUUAAAAGAAGAGGGCCAAUCCUUUUUCAUGACAAUGCUCGACCAUACGUUUCACUAAUGACGCUCCAAAAGUUGAGGGAAACUGGCUAUGAAGUUCUUCCCCACCCAGCUUAUUCCCCAGACCUUUCUCCUACCGACUAUCACUUUUUCAAGCACUUUGAUGAUUUCCUGUGAGAGAUGGAGUUCAAAAAUCAAACCGAUGCUGAAAGUGCGUUCAAAGAGUUCAUCAGCUCCAGAACCCCAGAUCUUUAUGUAACCAGAAUAAACAAACUUGUAACUCGUUAGCCAAAAUGUGUUGAUUGUAAUGGUAUUUACUAUGAUGAAUAAAAUUUCUGCAUUGCUGAAAUAUAUUCUGAUGAA